GGCGGGGACUGAGCGCCCCUGAAGUCUUGGCCAAGGCUCCGUGAGGCGGUCCCCGCUCACCGGAGGAGUGCAGCAGAAACCUCGGGGCUCGGGAUGAGGAAGCGCUGGACCACCCCCGGCUGCGCCGCGGGGCUGCUGGUGCUGCUCCGGUGCAUCCAGCUCGCGGAGCCUUCCUACCGCUCAGGUAACGAUCCAUUCACCAUCCUCAAUGAAGAAACAGGCAAGUGCAUCCAGCCACUGGCUGAUUGGAUAGUAGCACAGGACUGUGAUGAAAGUAGCAGCAUGUUAUGGAAAUGGGUAUCCCAGCACCGGCUCUUUCAUCUGCAAUCCCAGAAGUGCCUUGGCCUAGAUAUUACCAAAACCACAGAUUCCUUAAGGAUGUUCAGCUGUGACUCCAACGCCAUGCUGUGGUGGAAAUGUGAGCAAUACUCUCUGUACAGUGCUGCCCAGUACAGGCUGGUUCUGAAGGAUGGUUAUGCCAUAGCCAGUACAAAUACAUCUGAUGUCUGGAAGAAGGGAAGCUCCAAGGAAGGCCUUUGUGACCAGCCUUACCAUGAGAUCUACACCAGAGAUGGAAAUUCCUAUGGGAGACCUUGUGAAUUUCCAUUCUUAAUUGAUGAGACAUGGCACCAUGAAUGUAUUCUGGAUGGAGAUCAUGAAGGACUAUGGUGUGCCACCACCUUAAAUUAUGAGCAUGAUCAAAAGUGGGGCAUCUGCUUAAAACCAGAAAAUGACUGUGAUGGUAAUUGGGAAAAGAAUGAGCAGAUUGGAAGUUGCUACCAAUUUAAUACUCAGACAGCUCUUUCUUGGAAAGAAGCUUAUGUUUCCUGUCAGAAUCAAGGAGCUGACUUGCUGAGCAUCCAUAGUGCUGCUGAAUUGGCAUAUCUUACAGGAAAAGAAGACAUUGCUAAAAUUGUUUGGAUUGGAUUAAAUCAGCUCUACUCUGCUAGAGGCUGGGAAUGGUCAGACCACAAGCCACUAAAAUUUCUCAACUGGGAUCCAGAUAUGCCUAGUGCACCUAUAAUAGGUGGAUCAAGCUGUGCAAGGAUGGAUGCCGAGUCAGGACUGUGGCAGAGCGUUUCCUGUGAAGCUCAGCUUCCCUAUGUCUGCAAGAAACCAUUAAACAAUACAGUGGAAUUCACAGAUGUUUGGACGUAUUCAGACACCCGCUGUGAUGCGGACUGGCUGCCAAAUAAUGGAUUUUGCUCUCUGCUGCUAAAUGAAAGUGCUUCCUGGGAUGAGGCAUAUUUGAAAUGCAAAGCCUUUGGUGGUGACCUCAUCAGCAUUCAUUCCUUAGCAGAUGUUGAGGUGGUUGUCACAAAACUCCAUAGUGAGGAUGUCAAAGAAGAAAUAUGGACAGGCCUUAAGAACAUAAAUACCCCCACUUUGUUCCAGUGGUCAGAUGGCACGGAAGUCACUCUAACAUACUGGGCUGAGAAUGAACCAAAUGUUCCCUACAAUAAGACUCCCAACUGUGUUUCCUAUUUAGGAAAGCUAGGUCAGUGGAAAGUCCAGUCCUGUGAAAAGAAACUCAGAUAUAUAUGUAAGAAGAAGGGAGAAAAAAUGGAUAAUACAGGGUCUGAUAAGCUGUGUCCUCCAGAUGAGGGCUGGAAGAGACAUGGAAAAACCUGUUACAAGAUUUACAAGGAUGAGGUCCCUUUUGGAACAACCUGCAAUCUGACCAUCACUAACAGAUUUGAGCAAGAAUACCUGAAUGAUAUGAUGAAAAAGUAUGAUAAGUCUCUUCAGAAAUACUUCUGGACUGGCCUGAGAGAUGUAGAUUCCCGUGGAGAAUAUAGUUGGGCAGUUGGUGGUGGAAUAAAGCAGGCUGUGACCUUUUCCAACUGGAAUUUUCUUGAACCAGCAUCUCCAGGUGGGUGUGUGGCUAUGUCUACUGGAAAGUCUCUCGGCAAGUGGGAGGUGAAGAACUGCAAGAGCUUUAGAGCACUUUCAAUUUGCAAAACAUUAAGUGGACCCCAGGAGCCUGAGGAAGCAGCUCCAAAGCCUGAUGACCCCUGUCCCGAAGGCUGGCAUACUUUCCCCUCCAGCCUUUCUUGCUAUAAGAUUUUCCAUAUAGAAAGAAUUGUGAGAAAGAGGAAUUGGGAAGAAGCUGAAAGAUUCUGCCAGGCGCUUGGAGCACACCUGCCUAGCUUCAGUCAUAUAAGUGGAAUAAAAAACUUCGUUAACUUAUUAAAAGACCAGUUCAGUGCACAACGUUGGUUGUGGAUAGGUUUGAAUAAAAGAAGCCCAGAUUUACAAGGGUCCUGGCAGUGGAGUGAUCGUACACCACUGUCUACUGUUAUCAUGGAAAAGGAGUUUCAGCAGGAUUAUGACAUCAGAGACUGUGCUGCUAUCAAGGUAAUUGACAGGCCAUGGCGAAGGAGCUGGUAUUUCCAUGAUGACAGAGAAUUUGUUAAUUUGAGGCCUUUUGCUUGUGAUGCAAAACUUGAAUGGGUGUGCCAGAUUCCUAAAGGCAGCACCCCCAAAAUCCCCGAGUGGUACAAUCCAGAGCGUGCUGGAAUUCAUGGGCCUCCAGUUAUAAUUGAAGGAAGUGAAUAUUGGUUUGUUGCUGAUCCUCACUUAAACUACGAAGAAGCCGUCCUAUACUGUGCUAGCAAUCACAGCUUUCUUGCUACAAUAACAUCUUUUACAGGACUAAGAGCCAUCAAAAACAAAAUAGCAAAUAUCUCUGGUGAAGAACAGAAGUGGUGGAUAAAAACUAAUGAGAAUCCAGUUGAUCAUUAUUUUAUGCGCUCACGACAUCCAUGGCACCACUUUCCCAUGACAUUUGGAGAUGAAUGCUUGCACAUGUCUGCCAAAACAUGGCUUAUUGACUUAAGUAAACGAGCAGACUGUAAUGCCAAGUUGCCCUUCAUCUGUGAAAAAUAUAAUGUAUCUUCAUUAGAGAAAUAUAGUCCAGAUUCUGCAGCUAAAGUACAGUGUUCUGGGGAAUGGAUUCCUUUUCAGAAUAAGUGCUUUUUAAAGAUCAACUCCAAGCCAGUUACAUUUUCUGAAGCAAGCAGCAUUUGUCAUUCCUAUGGUGGCACCCUCCCUUCAGUGCUGAGCCAGAGUGAACAAGAUUUUAUUACCUCCUUGCUUCCGGAAAUGGAAGCUAGUUUAUGGAUUGGUCUUCGCUGGACUGCUUAUGAAAGGGUAAACAAAUGGACGGACGGCAGAGAACUGACAUACAACAAUUUUCAUCCACUGCUGGUUGGUCGGAGGCUGGGUAUACCAACAAAUUUCUUUGAUGAAGAGUCUCACUACCGCUGUGCCCUAAUACUCAACCUCAAAAAAUCACCACUUACUGGGACAUGGAAUUUUACUUCCUGCUCAGAACAUCACUCUCUGUCUCUCUGUCAGAAGUAUUCAGAAAUUAAAAACCGACGGCUCUGGCAGAAUACUUCAGAAACUGUAAAGUAUCUAAAUAACCUGUAUAAAAUCAUCUGGAAACCUCUGACUUGGUAUGAUGCUCUGAAGGAGUGUUUGAACGAAAACAUGCGCCUGGUGAGCAUCACAGACCCUUACCAGCAGGCCUUCCUUGCUGUGCAGGCCACCCUGCACAACUCUUCCUUCUGGAUUGGACUCUGCAGUCAAGAUGAUGAACUCAACUUUGGCUGGUCAGAUGGAAAACACCUUCAUUUUAGUCACUGGGCUGAAAACAACAAGCAUCUUGAUGACUGUGUGAUAUUAGAUGCUGAUGGAUUCUGGAAAACAGCUAAUUGUGGUGAUAACCAACCGGGUACUAUUUGCUACUAUCCAGGAAAUGAAACUGAAAAAGAGGUCAAACCAUUGGAGAGUGUGAAGUGUCCCUCUCCUCAUCUAAAUACUCCAUGGAUACCAUUUCAGAACUCUUGCUACAACUUCAUGAUAACGAAGGAUAGACAUAGGACAAUCUUGCAGGACGAAGUUCAUUCUAGAUGCCAAAAACUGAAUUCAAAAGCACAUAUUCUGAGUAUUCGAGAUGAAAAGGAGAAUAACUUUGUUCUUGAACAACUUCUAUACUUCAAUUAUAUUGCUUCAUGGGUCAUGUUAGGAAUAACUUAUGAAAAUAAUUCCUUGAUGUGGUUUGAUAAGACCGCACUGUCAUAUACACACUGGCGAAGAGGAAGACCAACUGUGAAAAAUGACAAGUUUUUGGCUGGUCUGAGCACUGAUGGCUUCUGGGAUAUUCAGCCCUUUAGUGUUAUUGAAGAAACACUUUAUUUUCACCAGCACAGCAUUUUUGCUUGUAAAAUUGAAAUGGUUGACUACAAGGAAGAGCACAACACUACUCUGCCACAGUUUAUUCCAUAUGAAGAUGGCAUUUAUAAUGUUAUUCAGAAAAAGGUAACAUGGUAUGAAGCAUUGAACAUGUGUUCUCAAAGUGGAGGACAUUUGGCAAGUAUUCACAACCAGAACGGGCAACUCUUUCUAGAGGAUAUUGUAAAUCGUGAUGGAUUCCCUCUAUGGGUUGGGCUCUCAAGUCAUGACGGAAGUGAAUCAAGUUUUGAAUGGUCUGAUGGCAGUGCGUUCGACUAUAUCCCGUGGAAAGACACAAAAUCUCCUGGAAAUUGUGUUGUCUUAGAUCCAAAAGGAAUUUGGAAACAUGAAAAAUGUAUCUCUGUUAAGGAUGGUGCUAUUUGUUACAAGCCUACAAAAUCCAAAGAGCUGUCCCCUCGUGUACAUUCGUCAAAAUGUCCAGUGGCAAAAGGGAACAGCUCCCAGUGGAUCCAGUAUAGAGAUCACUGUUACACCACUGACCAGGCCUUGCACAGCUUCACAGAGGCCAAACAAUUGUGUCAAGAAUUUGAUCAUUCUGCGACUAUUGUCACCAUAGCAGAUGAAAAUGAGAAUAAAUUUGUGAGCAGAUUAAUGAGGGAAAAUAAUAAUAUUACUAUGAGAGUUUGGCUUGGAUUAUCCCAACAUUCACUGGAUCAAUCUUGGAGUUGGUUAGAUGGAUUAGAUGUGACAUUUGUCAAAUGGGAAAAUGAAAGUAAAAAUGGUGGUGGAAAAUGUAGCGUUUUAAUAGCUUCAAAUGAAACCUGGAAAAAAGUUGAAUGUUCACACGGCUAUGCAAGAGUUCUCUGCAAAGUUCCUCUGAGCCCGGAUUACAGAGGCAUAGGUAUCAUGUUCGCCGUGCUAAGUAUCUUGGCACUCCUCAGUGGACUGAUAUGGUUCCUCUUCCAAAGAACCCGAUUCCACUGGGCAGGCUUCUCAUCCGUCAGGUACGAACAUGGAGCAAAUGAAGAUGAGAUUAUGCUUCCUUCAUUCCACGACUAAAUUCUUUGAAAAGUUUGUUCAUUUGUACUAAUGUUUUUUAGAAAGUGUGAGCUGUUUAACAUUUCCCACCAACAGUGUUUACUCCAAAGUAGAAGUCUUAGGAUGUUAGUUGAUUAGUUGCUUUGCUGAUAUGUGCAAUUACUUACUGUUAAUUGCCAUGUUAACCACUCUAGUUACCAGGAGAGAAGCCUUGAAUCUAGAACCCAAGUUCAAAUUGUUUACAGGGUGACAAAUUUAAUGUGAAUUUUCUCUGUAAGAAUGUGGUUGCUAGCUAGAUUUUUAUACAUUUUGAUGGCAUUUUAACAACUUCAUAGAAAAUUAAAACUGUCAUACUAGGACAUACAUCUACCUUUUAAUUUAUGUGAGCAUCUGUCCAAAUGCAAAAUUAGUACCUCAAGGCAAAACCUUGACUAUAAAUGAGAUCAAUGUUGUUUCAAAAUAUCCAUUUAUGGCACUGGGAAAAAAAUAUAAGGCAUAAUAAGGCAUAAUUUUCACAUAACAAAAUAGACCCUCUAGGUGGGAUAUUUCUUAUACUAUUCUAAAGAUAUUUCAUAUUUCUGUUUAUAAUUAUUCAUAUAUGGUGGGGUUUUUUUUAAAGAAAAUAUAGAACAUAGAACUUAAUGUUUUCUAAAGUGUGAGACCAUUGUUGUUAAAUUGAUUAUGUGCUCUGUAUCACGUUUGACUUGGAUUUUUUUCUUGUUUGUUUUGUUUUUUGUUUUUGAGACAAGGUCUCACUGUAUAGCUCUUGCUGGCUUGGAACUUGCUAUGUAAAUCAGUCUAGCCUCAGUCUCACAGAGAUCCACCUGCCUCUGCCUCUGAAGUGCUAGGAUUAAACGGAUGCACCAUGUGACUUUUUUAAAAGGACUCAACUGCAGAUGAGAUUUAAAAUUUUACAGUUUAUAUAUUUUGCAUAACGUCAAAUUUGAUGAAGAAUUUAUUAUUUUGUUGCCUUUUUACAUUGUUUGAUACUCUGCAUUUGUAAAAAUGAGAAUUUUUACAGUGGAAUUCUAAACUUUGUGAUUAUUACUAAAAUAUUUAAAAUUUUUAAUGAUUAAGAAAACAUUGUUUUGUGGUUGUUAUUUUCAUUUUAACACCUAGAAUAUAUCCUUACUAGUAGCAUCCACUAGACAUGUUGAAGGCUUUAUUCAGUGUUUAACUUAUACUUGUACUUUGGAAUAUUUUUAUAUAAGAUCCAGAUUUAUUUUGUUUGAAAUGUUUGUAUUAUCUUAAAGUUGUAAAUAAUUUUCUAAAAUUAUUUUAAAGUGACUACAAUUGUCCUAAAAUAUUUUAUUGAAGCAUCUUUCAUAUUUUAGCUCUUCUGACCUGUGAUCUGUAUAAGCUUAAUCAUUAAGAGUUUCUUCAAAGAACUAAUCAAAUACAAUAUGACAAGUUCAGCUGUAUGUAUUGGUGACACCAUAUUAAAGUUGUCUUAUCUUGUAAAAGUGUUGGAGUUGAUCCUUGCUGUGCAAAAGCAUCUCUAGGUUAGGUUUCAUUGAGUCCUGUAUAUGGUAUGAUGAGAAAUAGUGUCCAGCUGUU